AUGACUACCACUCGCACCAGAAAGAUCGUAGCGACCAAGGACGGAAUCAAAUGGCACGUCGAGCAAGAGGGCUCUGGUCCCGACAUUGUGCUGAUCCCAGACGGUCUGGGCGAUUGCCAAAUGUUCGAUAAACCAAUGUCCAUGAUCGCCGCCAGUGGCUUUCGUGUCACAACGUUCGACAUGCCUGGAAUGUCAAGGUCAACGGACGCACCUCCAAAGACAUACCAGGAUAUCACUGGUCAUAAACUGGCGACCUUCGUGGACACCCUCUUAGAGGAACUGAAUAUCCCAGUCGCUUCUGUUUGGGGUUGCAGCUCGGGUGCUUCGACGGUGCUCGCCCUCUACGCGGCGUUUCCAAAACGCGUACGCAAUGCGAUGCCUCACGAGCUACCAACAAAGAACCCCGAUGUCCUUUUCAACAUCCACAACAAAGACCCGGCAGACAUCUCGAAAGAAAUGGCCGCCACCUCUCGGGCGUUCUCAGGUGGCAUAGAGGCAUGGGAUGCCCUUGGGUUGGAGGUCCACGCCAGGCUUCAUGACAACUACGUCCGUUGGGCGUAUGGUUAUCCGACCACAAUACCCCCCUCGGCGCCUACAAGGUCAGAAGACUUGCACAAGAGACCGGUGGAUUGGACUGUCGGUGGUGCCACUCCAACGGCUCUUUUCUUCGAAAACAUCGUUAUUGCCGCCAAAGAGGGCUUGAACAUUGGGACUUUACCAGGCAAUCAUUUCCCCUACGUAUCUCACCCCGAGGCAUUUGCCAAAUACGUUGUGGAGACUUGUCGGAAGUACGUGUAACAAGAGAAACUCUUAUCACUUGACGGAGGUCUAGGAGAAGGUUAUGUAUGUAACCCGAAAUUCAAGAAGUACUAUGUAGGAGGUCACUAGCACCUUAAGCUCACAUAUAUCCCCUAUUACUGGGAUUCUCACUCCCAACCUACAA